AUGAAAGAAUUAAAAAAGCGUCGUGAACUUCAAGGUCUAGAAUGGGAAGAACUUAUUAAUGAGGCAGAACAAAAUGAUGAUAAACGUCAUGUUUAUCCAGUUAUUUGGAAAUUUUGUGAUUUGCCCCAUGACAAACAUGUUUCACAUCACGAAUUAAUUCCGAUUACUGCACCUGUUAUUCCAAUGGAAAGUUGUAUUAAACCUUUCUUGGAAGGAUGUGAUACAAAUAAAGAUGGUUCAAUAACUAUUAAAGAAUGGGGUAUAUGUCUUGGAUUGAAAGAAGGAGAAAUACAAGAACGCUGUUAA